CAGGACGCAGUCUCAUACGGACCGCAGUGGGUUUUCUGAAGGCUGUGGCACGAGCCGCAUGCCAACAUCGCGCUUGACCUCGUCCGACCCUAUUAAUACAAGAUACACCGGCAACAGGACAUAGUAUCUUCGAUAUCCUCAACAAUGAAGUUCCUCUGCUGUGUCGUAAUAUUCGCGGUCGCCGCAAGGAGUGCACUUCCAGCGCCGGCAAAUGGAUUUGUGUUUCCGGACGAUGCGAGGCGGCAGAAGAAGUUGGAGCCCAUUACACCACCAGUUCUUCCCGUUUUGGAGCAUUUAGAGAGGGAUCCUAGUACUUUAUUGCCAAACGAAAGGACGCGUUCUGCACCCAGUAAUGUCAAGCCAAAAUUUGGAUUUGGUGGCGGUUUUAACGUGGGACCUUCACAGAAUGGAGGGUUGUCUGCAAGUAUAAGCAGCAGUGCUAAUGGACCUAUUGGAAGCCAUUCGGCUUCACAGUCAUUCUCUUUCGGUUUCAAUGAAGGAUUCGGUGCGUCACAAUCAGCUAGUCAGUCGUCGUCGUUCGGAUUUGGAAGCUUCAGCGGCAGUCAAGCCAGCAGCCAAGCUGCAUCGUUUCAAGGUCCUGGCGGCUCAGUAUCAGGGGCCGCAUCAUCAGCUUCGUCCAUUGCCGGUGGUUUCAACUCAGUUGGAUCCGGCAGCCAAAGUGCAUCGUCAGCUUUCGGGUUCAAUUCGCUCAAUGGAUUUGGACAACCUGAUGGGAACUUUGGUGAAGGUCUCCUUGACAUCAGACAUCGCGGAGUCCCGAAUUUCCCAAUUCCAGAUCUGUUGAGAAAAGGCAAUGCCGUCGGCGCAUCUGCUUACAGAAAAUUGGGACCGAGGACGAGGAGUGGAGAUGACUUCAUAUCUGUUUUCGUGUCUAAUUAAGAAAUAACUAAAAGGCCUUGUUUUGUUACUAAAUUUUCUAUGUUGAUUCAUAGGAAUGUACUCAACCAUCACGAACACAGAUUAGGAAUUUUGAAAUAAGCCCAGUGAAAUUAUACAACGAUCCAGUAAAUCAAACUUUUGAAAAUAAUGUCUUGAAGAACUCUUAUUGACUGAAUUAUUUUUUAUUCUUUAUAAUUUAUUUAAUAACAUUUAAGUGGGUAAUUUAACAGUUGGGUUAAAAAUCGCUUUACUCAAAUAAAUUUUAAUAUAAAUUUUAAGAAGCCAAUCAAUCAUGGCGAAAUAUAUUAAAUUAUAGAACGAAAUAAUUCUCGAACAGUUGCUUUUUAAUCCUCCUGAUGAAAUACUUAUUAAAACUGCGAAAUUUAUGAAUUGAAACAAAAAUAAAAAUAGAAACGUGUUGAAAUUCACAAAAAAAUGCAGUGAUAAUAGAAUGCGUCGAUUCACUAGUUGUUGACUAGUCUUGAAUUAUUUUAAUUAUAGAUUUUAUACGGUGCUUUUGAUUACUAAUGCACAUAGCAUUAGUAGUUCUUAAUGUAUGUCUGAUUAAUUUAAUUAAUUUAUUCUCGUGGUUAUAAGAAUAUCAUGUAUAUGUACCCAUGUGCUCUCUAAGAAUGAGCUGAACUUGACAAUUAAGAAUACUUUGUAAUUGUAAAAAGGAUGUCAAUGUUAAACAGAUAGAUGUUAGUAGUCGAUAGUCGAAUACAAUUUUAUUAUUUAUUUUUAUAAAAUAUUUUAGAAUAAGAUGUUAUUUAUUAAUUUAAAAUAUAGACAAUACCAAAUCGUAACAAUCUUAUGUUUUCAAAUACACCCAUACCUUAUAUUACUGUAUAUUUAUUAACCAAUUUGUGGCAAAAAAUGUAAAAAUAUUCU